AUGAGCGUUGCAAGUAACACAACAGACGAGGGCCAGCUCGCAGUAGCCUUCCAGAACCUUUCCAACACAGACCUUCCUUCGGUCGAUACCUUGCUCGGCAUAGACAUGACCAUAGGCCACUUGCCUACGCCAGAGACUACAAGCCGCACGCUGCAAGCCUUUCAAAUCCGCCUACGAGAGACGGAUCAUACCCUUCGUAACCUUCAAAAGGAGCACGCCGAGCUCCAGCAAGGCUGGGCCGGACUCGAUCUCGUCGCUUCAGAAGCAGAAGCCCGGAACGAAACCCUCCAGCAAGAGCUCAGUCAAGCUCGCACCGACAACACGCGCUUGGGCGCCCAACUCGAACACGCCCAAGCACUUCAGUGUCGCGCACUUCCAUACUCAGACAAGUUCAGAGGCGGGCACAAGGACUGGGCUCGUUUUCACACGGAAAUGAAGGGGGUGUUCGCGUUCGAUGCAGACUUCUUUCCGACGGAACAGCACAAGCUCAUGUACCUCUUCUCUCGUCUCGAAGGGGCUGCUCGCGACUCGAUGAGCGUCUACUGGACGGAAAAUGGUAUUGCACUCAAGUCAAUCGAUCAGGCGUACGACAAGCUCGCGGCGCUUUUUGUCGAUCCCGCCUACAAGCAUAUCGCUGCACAAAAGGUGCGCGACAUGCAGCAGUGUAAUCGUGAGUAUAUCGACUACUGGAGCGAGUUUAUCUGCGAGAUCCAUGACACCGACUUCAACGAGACGAUGAAACUCUAUUACCUCAUCAACGGGCUCUCCGAUAGAAUGAUCGACGCUCUGCGCUCCCGUGUCGGAUGGCGAGGCUUGUCCUUUGACGAGCUCCACGAUCUCCUUCUGGACGUCGACUCGAACCUUCGCAUCUAUGACUCCAUCACCAGUGCGAACCAACGUCGCGACGCCCGCGAUGCUGACUUCGAGGCUGCGGACACGACGAGUCUCGACGGAGGCAAAUUGGUGAACACGAGCGGCGAGCACGUUGGUACCGCAGCCCUGUCGCUCGUCAACGGACGCCUGACAUCGGAGGAGCGUCAGCGCCGCAUGGCAGAGAGACUGUGCCUGUACUGUGCCGGCGAGGGCCACCAAGCUCGCACGUGUCCGCGACGGCCUGCCAACAAGAACUCUGCUGCGUAG